GCGAGCAAGUCACAGAGAUAAGAGAAUCGUUUCGGAAACUCGAUGGAAUCAAUGCCCUCGAGAACACGCAGCACGUGAAGAGUGAGGUCGCAGCACCUGCCCCUCCCCCACACUGUUCAGACUCCAUGGAGUCGGGUUGUGUGAGCGGCGCGGCGGUCGCCAGUACUGUGGCUGCGGCGCUUAAAUUCUUCGCAGCGUCACAAUGUUUACUAUCAGAGAGAUGGCCACCGCAGGCUAACAUAGCGGACGGGUCUUCUUUCGACUUCAUAGUGGUGGGUGGAGGUACCGCGGGGUCGACGCUGGCGGCCAGGCUGUCCGAGAUGCAGCAGACGGUCCUCCUGAUAGAGGCGGGGGACGACCCGCCGCAGGACAGCAACAUUCCAGCUUUCAAAAGUUCAUUAAAAAGACCUGUCUUCGAUUGGAACUUCACCACCACCAACGACUACUACUCCAGUCAGGCUUUAUACGGCGGCGUGCAGGCACAGCCACGAGCCAAGAUGUUGGGAGGCUGCGGUUCCAUCAAUGACAUGAUAUAUUCGCGUGGCUUUCCCGAGGACUAUGAAGAGUGGGCCUCAAUGAUCGGGGAGGAGUGGAGCUGGAGUAACGUCCUCGAGUAUUUCAAGAAGUCGGAACGUCUGACGGAUCCAAGAAUUCUUCGCUACCCUGACCUCGCUGAACUUCACGGGCGAGAUGGAGAAAUUGAGGUUUCGGGGUCCGACGACGCUCCGCUGAGUACCCAGAAAUUUCUAGAAGCCUUCAGAGAGAUAGGUUUUAAUUUUGUAAAGGAUAUGACAAAACCUUCUAGUAUUGGAGUCGGCAGAUUCUCUCACACGAUAAGGAACGGGAAGAGGGCCAGCAGUCUCACUGCCUUACUGAACAAGGCAGCUUCCAGACCCAAUUUGUUUGUUUUAAAAAGAGCUUUGGUCACUAAAAUAAUAAUACGGAACAAUACGGCGCGCGGGGUUCAAGUAUUGAUGGGAAAUAACAGUGAGGUGCAAUACUUAGCGAACAGAGAGGUCAUCGUGACGGCGGGGACGUUUAACACUCCGAAACUAUUACUUCUGUCAGGCGUCGGCCCUCGAGGACACUUAACAGAUUUAAAUAUACCUCUGGUUGUGGAUUUGCCGGUCGGAGAGAACCUUCACGACCACUCGAUGGUGCUAAUGUAUUUUGCAGCAGAAAGUGGGACGUGUAAUACUGACGAGAAGUCCUUGUACAUGGAUACAAUAAGAUAUCUGUACGACGGAAGUGGAGUCCUGUCGAAAACAUCAGAGAUCGGAGCAUAUAUGUCCUUCAACGCGUCGAACAAAAAUGUUCCCGAUUUCGCCAUUUACACCAGCUGCAUGCCGGUGGACACGCGGUACUACGAAAGUUGUAGGAGCGUUUUAAAUUUAAGUCCACAUAUGUGCUCGAAAAUUCAAGAAGUGAAUAAAAGAUAUGAGGUUUUCACUUUGAGCGUCGUGAAUCUGAAGCCAAACUCACGAGGAAGGGUUCAACUGAAGUCAGCGGAUCCUUUGGAGCCGCCUCGCAUCUAUUCGGGGACGUUUAGCGACCCCAGUGACUUGACGUACUAUCCGGACGCGAUUCGCAAAGCUUUAUCUAUAAUCAGAACUUCAUAUUUCCGAUCUAAGAACGCUUUCCCGUUAGACUUCAACUUGAAGAAUUGUGUUUCACUAUCCGACGACGAACGUUUCAAGUGCAUAGCAAAGAAUUUGGCCAUGACGGCUUGGCAUUCCGUCGGAACGGCGCCGAUGGGAACAGUUUUGGAUUCAAAAUUAAGAGUCAAAGGUGUUUCCGGUUUAAGGGUGGCCGACGCUAGCUCGAUGCCCAAAGUGAUUCGAGGGAAUACGAAUUCCCCCGUGGUUAUGAUAGCCGAGAGAGCAGCAGAUUUUAUCAAAGAAGCUGUUGGAAAACCAUACCACAUGCCGACAUCCGACAGCAAGCCGACGAGCUGGAAAUAUAAAUACCCUAAACCGAACCAGAACACGCGGCCGAACAUCAACAAUCAUCCCGAAGCAGACACCGUCGUGUACAACGACCAGAACUCAUAUACAAACUCCUUAAACAGUCCCAACCAAUACAACAACUACCCGAACAGGUAUCCCGCCUCCGGCACGAAUCCCAACGGCUUGACGGGCUGGGCGGCGGUCGCUACCACGGCCAUCGAGACGGUCGGCUCAGUUGUAGAUUCAUUCAUCAAAGUGAGAAUACCACAACUGGGCGGACUCAUAGCGGGCAGCUACAGCAACAAUCCCAAGGACGCCGGAAACAUAUCAAGUACUGAGAAGUACGAUAGGGCGGAAACGACGACACCAUCAGGGCAGCCUUAACGAAGGAAAAUACUUCAGAUUGUUUUAAUGGUGUUGAUUGGUUGAUUUUUGUUAUUAGAAUAAUUUAGUACCUUACACGAUUAAAAUUUAUUAAUAUUAUUUUUAUAA